CAGAUGCAAGACGGCUCAGGAUGGACACCAGCCUCUUCUUCUUCUUCUGCAUUUUUCUUUUCUGCACCUGCUCGGCUUCACCGCCCAAUUUCGUCCUCCUUUUCGCAGAUGAUUUAGGUUUCGGAGACCUGGGCUGUUAUGGACAUCCCAGUUCACUCACUCCAAACCUGGACCGCCUGGCAGCGGGAGGACUCCGGUUUACAGAUUUCUACUGCACCAGCCCUGUGUGCACCCCAUCCAGGGCAUCGUUGUUGACAGGACGCUAUCAGACCCGCUCAGGUGUAUACCCAGGAGUGUUGUACCCAGGCUCUAUAGGUGGUCUUCCUCUGAAUGAGACCACCAUUGCUGAAGUGUUGAAACCUGUUGGCUACGCCACUGCUGCCGUAGGGAAGUGGCACUUAGGUGUUGGGGCCAAUGGGACGUUUCUUCCAACGAGGCAGGGGUUUGACCACUACCUGGGGAUCCCCUACUCCCAUGACAUGGGCCCCUGUAGGAACCUGAUCUGCUUCCCUCCAGAUAUUAAGUGUUUUGGAUUGUGUGAUGUUGGUACUGUAACUGUCCCACUAAUGCACAAUGAGGUCAUCAAGCAGCAACCAGUCAACUUCCUGGAUCUGGAAAGGGCUUACAGUGAUUUUGCAACCAGUUUCAUCACCACAUCAGCCAAGAAAAAACAGCCUUUCUUCCUGUACUAUCCUUCACAUCACACCCACUACCCCCAGUACGCAGGUCCAGGUGCAGCUGGGCGCUCUGUAAGGGGCCCAUUUGGAGAUGCUCUGCUUGAGUUUGACAACACAAUAGGAGACCUGCUGACAACCCUGGAGAAAACAGGAGUGAUUAACAACACACUCAUCUUCUUCACUUCAGACAACGGGCCUGAGCUGAUGCGUAUGUCGCGUGGAGGUAACGCAGGCCCUCUGAAAUGUGGUAAAGGCACAACAUAUGAGGGAGGCAUGAGAGAGCCAGCCAUCGCCUAUUGGCCAGGGACCAUUAAACCAGGUAUGACCCACGAGAUGGCCAGCACUCUAGAUAUCCUCCCAACCAUAGCAAGUCUGGCAGGAGCCAAACUGCCUCAGGUGAUGCUGGAUGGAGUCGAUAUGACAGAAAUCCUUGUCAACAAAGGAAAGAGUAAGAGGGAGACGAUGAUGUUCUACCCCACAGAUCCCAGUGAGAUGUACGGCCUGUUUGCUCUCAGGCUGGGGAAGUACAAGGCCCACUUCUAUACACGAGGUGCCACCCACAGCGGCACUACCCCGGACCAAGACUGCCCAGUGUUCGCAGUCCUCAAGGCCCACGACCCCCCUCUUCUUUUUGACCUGGAGGCCGACCCCUCGGAGCACUACCCCCUCCCCCUGUUUGGAAAACCUGACCUCCAAGCUUUGGUGGAGAGGGUCAAGAAAAUCAAGGAGCAGUUUGAAGCCACCAUGGUGUUUGGAGAGAGUCAGAUAUCAAAAGGAAUAGACCCGGACCUGGAGCCUUGCUGCAAUCCUCAGUGUAGCCCCAAACCCAGCUGCUGCAGGUGUUGAUGGGACGAGUUCUCACAACUGCUAAUGAUGACAGUGUGGGAGAGGCUGGAGGUACUGCACUGAUUUUUGCCUCAAGAUUUCUCCAUGAAUGCACAAGAUGUGAUGCUGAUAUUGUCAUGCAUUGCUACUUGCUUGUGGACAGCUAGAAUUUAAUUACCGUUCAUACUGAAGAGUAACAAUCCAAACAAUCUGUUUCCUCAGUGAGGAGAUGAUUUUCUUAAUGUUGACUACAUUUAGAAUUAAUGUAUAACAAUGUACUGUAUUUUUCCUGACUAUUUCAUGUUUUUUUUUCAAUGAUUUAAUAUUUAAUGUUCACCUCAACAUUCUUCUAUUCAUAAAAUUUUGAAUAAAUGUAUGGAUUUUAUGUGAAAAUAUUUUUGCACACAUUUUAAUCACACAAAUAGUCAAGAGUGGAUAUGAACAAUAAAGACAACAUUAAAGGUUUCGGACAUCAAGCAUAUAUUUUAUUCAUAAGACCAAACCCAUGACAAGGCAGAGUGAUUUUUUUGUCAAUUUUUUUUGUUGUUUUUCCCUGGAAUUUUAAUUAAUUUUACAAGUCCUUGUUUUUAAAGAUACAAGAUAGGAUAUGUUUGUUCUGUCACAUACUGUUUUGCUCUAGGUAUACAGUGAAGAGUCUUGUUAAUGUAAUAAAAGUUUGGUUUAACUGUUAAUGUAUGUCUCAGCGGCUAUAUGGGACUAGCUCAUCCUCAGAGUUUGUCUUUGUGUAGCUGUGUGGAAAGAAGGGUUUUAACUAGGCUGUAACAAGAUAGAAAAACAUAAUCAGAAGCAAAUAGAUACAGAUCAGAGAUGAGUCACACUGUUGGAGCUCAAAGGCUAUUACUAUAAUCGGCAAGACGCAAUAAUAGUUUUCCAGUGGCGGCUGACUCAGUCACUAUUCAGCUCUAACAGCGGAUUGGUCAGUAGUCUGGUGGGUGUGUCACACACUAAUGAUGUCACAUCUCACAAAUGUGCCCUAAAUGUGCUGCUGAAGCCUGUCUGUAGAGAUUAAUGGAAUUGGCAGGAACCCGAGUGCCACCUGUGUGACAGAUACUGAGUUAACAUCGUGUGUAGAAACAUAAGACACUGAAAUAAAAUUAUUGCAGAUCACAGAUAUUUAUGUGUUUUUGUUUUCUUUCAGGGGUUUUUGUCUGGUUGUGAUCUUUCUUUUUUUUUUUUUUUUUUAAUUAAUGUACAUAUUAAUUUCAUUUCAUAACAUACUCAACAUAAAGGACACAGCACUAUCUUAGAUUCGCUAUUGUAUAUACAUGAUCUAACUGACAGCGAUACAUAUGUAGAUAACACCCUACCUCCCUCCUGCCAUAUCAACAGUGAACUGAGGUGUUUGUUCUGGUGGACUGUGACUGAAAGCAGCACAACAAGAUGCUCAACAGUGUCUGAAAGAACAAUGGAGAUAGUAAAGCCUGAAAUUUCCGGUGACUGUAGUGAGUGCAUCACUUUUUAAAUAUACCCCCUCCCCUAUUUAAGGUGCUAGACUGUAAGCUGUGGUAUGUUACAACAACCCCAGAGUUGGUUAUCGUUUGAUGUGUGAAUGAUACUUCAACCCUUGACCAGACUAAGAGCAAUAAGUAAAUGUGGCCAUCACUUUUAUCUGUCUAACUUAAAAAACAAGAUCAAAGUCUAACCAUUUACAUAUAUUACGUCUAUAAAACCUCCCUUCUAAUGCUUUAUUAAAGGUUUGAUUACAUUGUGAUACCAGGACCAAGUGUUAGCAGGACGCUCGCACUGACAUGUGGCUACCGGUCAGUCUAGUCGUUCCUUUUCCCUCAUUGAAACUGCCAAGUCAAAAGAAAACGGAGACUAGGAUGUCACUGACAACCAGAGUUAAACAGUCGGAAGUGUGAGAAUAUGGCUUUUCAGAGGGCCUUUGCUUUCUUAGACCUGAAAGUCACAUCAAUCAUAGCAAAGCAUACAGUGAUCUAUGAUCUGCAAUUGUAACAGUUGAGUGAUUUCCCAUGAAAGCUCGCCAAGGUGAAGGUCAGCAAGCAGUGCAACUUUGAGGACGGGACAAAAGUAAAAUGGUUCUGUCAUAUCAUCCAAAUGUGCUGACACUUAACUUGCACCUAAUCCAAGCUGAAUCAAAUGUCUGCGGGGCUGAUGACAUUCAAAGAUCAUUACAACUCUAAAAGCUCUUACACCUGCAGUUAUUCCUGUCAGAGUGAGCCAUUAAUACCCACAACAAAACAACCCCCCUGCCUCCGUCAGUCUCAACUGUGAGUGUUUCUUAAUUAGUCUGGAUGAGGCGCCUGUAUGUCUACUUUCUAUACAUGUAUUUACAACACACACUACGUCUUGUACGCAACACAGGGGAAAGCUCGGACCAAGGACAGUUCACUGUACUCUCUCUACUUUGCUCCAAUGUCACUAUCAGUAGAAAUCAAAUUAGCAGUUUGUCAAUAUUGAACAAAUACAUAUUUACAGUUAAUUAAAUGCCGACCUCUUGAUUCCACGCCAUUCCCGUACUGAUUGUUGAGCUGCUUGCCAUUCACUUGGAUAUGUGUAUUUCUUGGUGUGUCUGUGUGCAGUAACCCUACUAGCCAUGCAUUGAAAAGUGAAACAGCAGUAGUAGGUAUAUUGUUUUCAUUUCAAAAGAGGAACCUUGAAAUAAACAGGUGCUCAGCGUCUUAGUUUUAUAUCAUAGAAAAAGAUAAAAGAAACAGGCAAUCGAUUCCAUCGGGAUGAUGGAAAUAAACAAAGAGAGAGGGAUGGAUGAAAUCAGUCAAAUGCCUAGCAUACUGUAGAAAUGAAGAUCCCAGUGUUGGUGGGACACAGAAGAGUAUUUUACAAUGGAGAUAAAACCCCACUGACAGCUCCCUCUGGUGGCAAACUCGAUGAACAUACACAAGCUGCAGAGAAAGA